UUAAAAAGUUGAUGUUUGCGUCCGCACAGCUCUCUGAACUGUGGCGAAAAGACGUUUCCGCCCACAAGAAAGAUGGCGGCCCCCUUGCUGGAGCAACUGUCGGAGUCUUUAGGUUCCCCGGAACCAGCGAUUCGGCUCAUUUUAUCUAUUUUAAUCGGGUAUCCCUUUGCUGUGGUGUACCGGUGGUUCUUGUUCUACCAGACUCCCACAGUUAUCCAUUUAUUCCACACCUUCUCUGGAUUGGCUCUAGCAGCAUUCAACUUUGGCUCUCAGCUCUAUCACUCCGUAGUAUGCGUCCUUAUCCAAUUUCUGAUGCUGAGGCUCAUGGGAAGGACGGUAACAGCCAUCCUGAGCAGCUUUACCUUUCAAAUGUUAUACCUACUAGCGGGGUAUUAUUACACAGCCACAGAGGAGUAUGACAUCAAGUGGACUAUGCCUCACUGUGUCCUCACACUUAAACUUAUCGGUUUGGCGUUUGAUUACUAUGAUGGCGGGAAGGAACCGUCCAAGCUGAGCGCAGAGCAGAAGGCGUCGGCCCUGCGGUCCGUGCCCUCGCUGCUCGAGGUGUGCGGCUUCUCCUACUUCUAUGGCGGUUUCCUUGUGGGUCCCCAGUUUACACUGCGCAGCUACCAAAGACUUGUGGCAAGGGAGCUCACCGACUGCCCUGGAAAGGUUCCCAACAGUGUUGUACCAGCUAUGAAGAGGUUUGCUCUUGGUUUCCUUUGCCUGGUGAUAUAUGCGAUAUUUAGUCCUCAUUAUCCAGACAGCUACUAUUUAACAGAUGAAUAUGAGGCGCAGCCAUUCUGGUAUCGCUGUGUGUUCAUUCUGCUGUGGGGCAAAAUCAUUUUGUAUAAAUAUGUCAGCUGUUGGGUUAUAGCGGAAGGUGUAUGCAUAUUAACUGGACUGGGAUACAAUGGAGUAGUGGACGGUAAGCACCAGUGGGACGCGUGCGCCAAUAUGAAGGUGUGGCUCUUUGAGACGACGCCACUCUUUGGAGGAACCAUUGCUUCUUUCAACAUCAACACUAACGCCUGGGCUGCCAGACAUGUGUUCAAGCGGUUGAAGUUCCUGGGCAAUAAGACUUUAUCUCAUGUGGCCACGCUCUUCUUUUUAUCGAUUUGGCACGGCCUUCACUCCGGGUACAUCUUGUGCUUCUCCAUGGAGUUCUUCAUCAUCACCGUGGAGCGACAGGUCAGUUACAGGGCGCAGAGCUGGGACUGGGUAACUCGAGCGGCCCAGGCACUAGUAAAGGACAGUCCUGUGCUGACAAAGCUGGCCAACAGUCCACUCUACCCCCUCAUCUAUGUAGUCCAGCAGUUUAUCCACUGGCUCUUCAUGGGGUAUCCUUUAGUGGCAUUCUGCAUCUUCAGUUAUGACAAAUGGCUCAAGGUGUAUUCUUCUGUUUAUUUCUGUGGUCACCUAUUCUUCCUAGCAGCAUAUUUAAUAAUGCCAUACCUCCGUAAGGCGCUGGUGCCUAAAAAGGAGGGAAGAGAGAAGAAACAGGAAUAAGACUUGAUACUAGAACUUGGCGUGGUCCAUCCAUCGUUGAGACUGAGUACUUACUUAAGGGAACUACGACUUCCAAGGAGCAGAACGGAAAAUAUUUUAAGGCCUUUUAGUAAUAUAUGUCCAUGUUUAAAAAGAAAAAAUAAAUAAAUUUCUAUAUAUUUUUGUGUUUCAGGCGGGAAGGGUGUUUUAUAAACAUUUGGAGAGAUGUUUACAGGAAAUUACCAUUGUGCCACAGGGGUGUAAUUGUGAGCCAAUCAGGAGCAAUUUCCUGUUUUUUGUCUUUUCUUUUUUAAAAUUUCACCACAUGUGGGACUCAGAGAUUCAUUUGCUGUCGACACAGAACUGCACACGCUCACAAGUCACGGGUUCAGAGUCUGUUUUUGGCUCUUUUUCUUCUUUCUUUUUUUAAAAAAUGCGUUGUUCUUUAUUCCACGUCCACAUUGAGCAGGAAGUGUGAGCACACAUGUGGCACUUUCUGAUGUUGUGCUACGACAUGUGUAAGAAGAUGGAUGGUAAUGGUAAUCAUCAUCAGGGCUUCUUCUUCCUAAAUGGCUGCCAGUGGUUAUACAAGCACUCUAAAUCACACACUGUACACUAACACCCAACUCUAAAUGGCCUUGUAUUAAUGAAUGUUUUUACAGUACAUUUGUUCUGGAUUUAAUUUGAUUUGUUAUUGGGGGUGGGGGUAAAAAAUUGAAUUUUAUAAAGUUAACAUGUUUUAUGAAAAUGAACUUUUUUGUAGCUUUGGAUAAGAUUUAAUGAAACGAUUGUUCUCCCGCCUUUCCUCAGUGAUGGUUUUCUUCUCGCCACAUCUCCUCUUCUCCCUCUGUUGUGUUUACGCCGCUCUGUCUUUCUGUCUGCCUCGAUUCAAGCCCCUCGACUCUAAAAAUGUACACUUGUGAAAGUGAACAGCCCUACAGUCACUACAGUUAAUUGUUUUGGUUCUCUUGGUGUUCUGAUUUUAUAUGAAAAGGGGGGGGAAACAGGCUUUUUUAAGGGGGGGUGAAAUUUUCUUCUUCUUUUUUUUUUUCUUUUUUUUUUGAACUGGAAGCAAACAAAUAAAAUGGUGUUGGGGGGCGGGGAGGGGACAGUCCUGGCUACUAAGUGGAAGGUUCCCAUGCCUCCUUUAUUCUGAGAGGUGCUGUUAUGUCUGAUCCAUGCAUUGCUGGAGAAAGGCCUCUGCCUCUGAGGCCGGUGCGCGCACACACACACACACACACACACACACACACCCAUGGAGAGGACGAACCUCGCUGUAACGGCAGCCCAGAUUUUUGGUAAUAUUUAUACAUGACACAGUGAUUAUUAAUUGAUGUGAACUGCUAUUCCAAGAGACUUCUUUUUCAUGCCUUACUCCUAAAAGAUGUAGAAAGGAACAAAAAAAAUGUAUGUGGCAAAGAGGAUGGGGAGGGUGAUUUUUUUUUUUUUUUUUUUUUCUCUUUUGUAAUGUUAAAUAAAAUGCUGCUUUCAA